GGGUUAAGUAUAGCCGAGGACCCGCAUGGUGCUCGACGUUCCACAUAACACUCAAUCCUCGAGAAGGAAAUGGAUCUUUUUGAACUUUGCUAGCGCACUACCAUGUCCACCACUGCAACCAAUGUAACACUUCCCGCGUACCCUUCUCCCUCAUCACAGGUCCAUUCACCGACGUAUACCGCUACUCCUCAGGCUCAUGAAUAUCGGUUAGCUUACAAUGAGCGUCUAAAUCCCAACCGAUCGCCGCGUGAAUUUGUAAAGCAAGCCAAAAAUGGUGGCGUGACUCUUCGCCUUGCGGGCCAAGACGACCGAGUCACGUUUCCUGUCUAUGGUUAUGGCGCAUCUGUGGAGGGCACCCUCGACAUCCACAAACGAGAUGGUAUCACGAGUGUUGAAGUUCAAAUCGAAGGAACCCUCAUGAUGGAGGAGUUGGCUGAAAGUGGGACAACAAACUGCAAAUUGUUUCUCAACAAGACAAUUUUGUGGGUCAAGGACAGAGUUUACGAAGCGCCAUGCCCGCGUUCGCUCUCGUUCAGUCUCCCUCUUCCAACCACCUUUUCGGACGGCAGAAAAUCCUAUCCUCUCCCGCCAAGCCAUGAGGCCCACCUAUCCGGCCUGCCUGGAUUUCGGGCGAGGAUUAAUUAUAGCAUUAGUGUCAGUGCUGUGAAACCAAACAUCAUACCACAUGCAGUCAAGUCGUCCUUGUUGGGGGGUGGAGAUUGGACGAUUUCGACUCCGUUUGUGUAUCUUCCUCGCACUCGCCCAUCUUCCUCAUUACCACCACCUCUGGUACCCGGUCAAUGGGGAAUAAUCGAGACCUCGCAAUGGAAGGUCUUUCCGACCUUGAUUCACGCAAAUAAAGGAGGACACGACAUCAUGGUAAAGUUAUAUCUCCCAGCCAGUCGAACAUUCUGCAUACACGAGUCCAUUCCUUUCCAUAUUAUGUUCUCGUCUUCGGCAAUGUCUCUUGCUGCAUUUAUGCCUUUGGGACCGGUGGUAAUCACAUCUCUGAAAACGCAGCACACAAAAAUACAGUUGUUGAGGCAGACGACUGUUGAUGUUCGCAAUGCUUUAAUACUUGGCACCCGCACCGACAUCUGGAGAGUCGAUUAUAUUGGCGAAGGUGCUUUCAGACAUGCAGGUGAAGGCGGCGCACACUGGAUUGCAUUCUCAGGAGAUAUUUAUAUCAGUCCCGAUAUCAAGGUCGGAGGCUUCAGGGCGGGUGGUUUUUCCAUCAAGGAUUGUAUAGUCCUGACCAUGACUCCGCCCGAUAUCUCCAAAUCGCCUUUCAAGGAACUGCGGCUCACAGUUCCUGUCCAACUUGCAACGGAUCCCUACCCAAGAGAUGGAUCUGGCACUAUCGGAUACACUGGCCAACCUGGUUCUCCAUCGAUAUCUUCCUCAGAUGAAUUUGGGGCUACUCCAGAACUCGGUUAAGUGAUAUUAUGAAUGACUUUGUGGUUUGCAAUCAUUGUCAUUUACAUACCGCACCAUAGACUAUUGACGGUAUCGCAAGCCAAGUGUCAUGCGUUCUUUGCGUCAUACACUCUGUACACACGUACGUAUGCGUUUUGAUGAUCCACAUGUGCGUCAUGACCAGGGUAGGGUCGGUGUUGGUUUCUUCUCACUGAGCUAUUUUAAACAUCAUAGAAACCCGCGCAUUCGAGUUCACUUGGUGCGGCAUAGGCCGGAACUUCGAAUGGCGUGCCGCAUCAAGGGAACUGAGGUGUGAGCGAGCUGAUGGAGACCUUC